GCGCCCCGCGGGCCGGACCGCGGCGCCCAGCCGGGCAGCCUGCAGUUUGCCGGCGCUGAGGGGUCAGCGCCCGAGCCAGGAAGGGCAGGACCCGGGUGAGAGCACUUCACUUCACUUCACCUGCGCUUCUUGGCUCUGGCUGCAUUUCCUGGUUGUUGUGAUGUUAAUUGUUCAACUUCCACCCCAAAUGAAUGCAUGUUUUGUUCAUUCAGGCCAGAGGCUUUGUUAAGGAAAGUGGGAGGGGUUCUUGUGCAAGAGACAGUGAGGUUACCAGAUGGUGACAAAGCUGAGGGUAGGUAUAAUUUUGCCGUAACAUCCACAAAAUGUGUACUGUUGUCAUGUGAAUAAUCCCAUAAAGUUAUCCCUGGUUCCCAGAUGCUGACCGUGAGCUGCUGGGCUGCUGUGGCCUUUGGUUUUUCCCGUCAGCAUCCCUGCUGUCACCCGCGUGUGUCUCCGUUUGUCUCUCAUCUUAAGCCUCAGCUGCAGCCCAAGCGGCUUUCAGCAGCAGCACUGCUCCAAACGGCUCCCGCCCGGUCCCCGGGCCCGGCUGCUCAGCCGUCAGUGCCGCCGCUCGUGGGUACAACCGCGCGCGCCUGCAGCACAGGUCACACCAGUGGUGACUCCAGGUCAGAAACAAUCCCUGCCAGGUGCAACUUUGCUGCUGUUUCUUUUAAAAUCUGAGAUUAGUGUCGUGAUCCAGCUGGCAGAGCAGUUGUGCAGGAUAAAGUGCUCUCGUCAGCUCUUCUUUAGAGUAUCUGGUGUCUCGUGGCAAUUCAUUGGUAGGUGUCACAUAAUUACAUUAAUAUAGGAAUAAGAAAUAAUGAUAUUAAGCAAUUACUGUUGUUACCGAGCAUGAGGCUUGAUGACAACUCCCAGUUACAGACCCUGUCAGCACAGCUGAUGAUGAUCUUGAACCAUUUGAAGGGUUUUAAGGCUCUGGGCUGGCCAUGGUCAGGCUGGGUCCCUGCAGUGGUGCUGAGCUCCAGGACAGCCCUGUGUCGUGUCUGGGACGGCCCCACAUCCGUACUGGGACGGCCCCGCGUCCGUGCCAGUGGGUGCCAUGCUGGCCGGUGGGUGCGGAGCCAGCGGUGCUGAGCUGAGCAAGGAACUUUUCUACUGUGUUGUGUUUUUUCUUUUCCCCAUUCUGAAACUACAUCAGAAUUCUUUUCAGGGGCUUUUAGAAUUAGAAUGAAGAGACUUUUGGGUUGAGGCCAAGUCUGGGAAAUGUAUGCCAGAAAUGGCUACUGCGGCAAGCCCUGAUGGAGCAGGAGGAGGGUUUGACACUGCAGAGUGAGAUCUCUGUUCCAAAACAGAGCUAAGAAUAUCAAAGCAGGUUUUUUGUUUGGUUGUUGUUUUAUCAUUUUGUUUUGGUUUUUACAAUUUUAUUUGGUUUCAGCAUUCAGAGAUACAAGAAUAACUGGUCCUGUGUAAGUAAAACAGAGACGGGAGGAGUUCAUGGGGCAGCGAGGUGCAGCGCUGGGAGCCCACAGCCUGGUGCUCUGGCUGCUGCUCAGAGCCGGCAGGUGAACGCCUCACGCGCAGCGGUGAGUCAGCGUUUACCGCAGCCCCGGCCAAACCCCUUCACGGGGCUCGUGCCCCCGCGCUGGGCUGGGGCUCCGGGGCGCAGCUCCCGCCACGGCCCAGCGUCCGUGGGACAGCGGCGGGUUCGGUGACCCGAACGCGUCAGGGGAACGGCAGGAUGAUAAUCGGGAGCCUCUGACGGAGCUCGCAGUUUCAGUGUUAAAUAACAGCAGCUCAUGGCAGUUGAGGGGGGCAGGACUCAUUCCAGAACUAUUAAUAUAGCCCCUAUUUAUACACCGAGGUGCCUGCAAACAGCGCAGCAGAGAGCCACAGCUGCAGAGCUAAAAUGGUAUAAAUGUCACCCUCCGGGGAGAAAGUGAUCCCGUCGGCCACUGUGGGGGAACGGAGACAGCGGAGGGAGCAGGCGCGGGGCAGGUCCGAGACCCGCGGCAGCGGAGCCGAUCGCAGCGGAGCCGAUCGCAGCGCCGCGGGCAGAGCAGCCGUCCCUCCCUGCAGCAGCCGAAGCUGCCAGGACGCACACGCAGCAUCUCGCGCGGCAGCUCCCGGCAGCAGCAGAGGGCGGCGGGGACUCGGCUGCCGCUCCGCCAGGCCGGUACCGGCAGUGGCUCGGACAAAGGAGCAGGACCCUGAAAGGGCAUCUGGGGGGUCCUGAAGGGCAUUGUCUGCGGGACUGGGAGGAUGAUGGAGAGCACGGGAGGGCCGUAUCUGAACACGGCUGCCGUGACGUCCCCUGUGGGAAUCGCUCGUUUGCUGCAGAUGACGUUUGGAUGCACCACGUUCAGCCUGGUUGCUCACCAGGGGGGAUUCAGCGCGGCGUACGGCACUUUCUGCAUGUUCGUCUGGACCUUCUGCUUCGCCAUCACUGUCUUCAUCAUCACCUGCGAAUUCACGCACCUGCACAGCUGCCUGAGCAUUUCCUGGGGAAACUUCACGGCCGCUUUUGCCAUGCUUGCCACGCUCAUGUCCGUCACGGCCGCGGUGAUCUACCCGCUCUACUUCGUCCAGCUGGGCUGUUACCCCAUCGGCUGUGAGGUGAGAGACUUCCGCAUCGCGGCCAGUGUCUUCGCGGGGCUCCUGUUCACCGCGUAUGCCGCCGAGGUGUUCUUCACCAGGGCGAAACCGGGACAAGUCACCAGCUACAUGGCCACCGUCUCCGGGCUCCUGAAAAUCGUGCAGGCGUUUGUGGCCUGCAUCAUCUUUGGGGCGCUGGUAAACGACAGCCAGUACAGCAAGCACGUGGCGACGCAGUGGUGCGUGGCCGUCUACAGCUUCUGCUUCGUGGUGACGGUGGUGGUGGUGGCCUUCAGCGUCACAGGUAGGACGGCCUUGCCGUGGUUCCCCUUCGAGCGCUCGGUGGUGGUCUACACCCUCGGGGCCGUGCUGCUGUACGUCAGUGCCGCCGUCAUCUGGCCGGUCUUCUGCUUCGACAGCAAGUACGGCUCCCCGCGGCGCCCCGGCGCCUGCGCCAAGGGCAAGUGCCCCUGGGACAGCCAGCUGGUGGUCGCCAUCUUCACCUACGUCAACCUGCUGCUCUACGUGGCGGACCUGGCGUACUCCCAGCGCAUCCGCUUCGUCUCGCACCUCUGAGACGGUUCUGCCGCUGCGGAGCCGCAGCGGCCGCGGGGUGAGGCGGGAAGGCGGCGCUGAUCGGGACGUGCACGAAAAGCAUCAACCAAGGUCAAGCCUGACCAGAGCAGCCAAUGAAGGACCUGCAGCGGGGGGGCCACCUCCCCACCGCACCGUCCGCCUCGGAGCCCAGGCAGAGCCUGCGGAGCGGCUCCUCCCGGCGGCCGCGCGCUCGCUGCCGCAGCCGCCCGCGCGCCCACCCCCGACCAUCCACCAUCCACCAUCGGCAGCCACGCCGCGGGUUUUGAACUGUUACCAGCUCUGAGCUGUAACCCAGUGACUACCCAGGAAGUGGGAAAGUUAAAAGCUGCGGCAAGGAACGGCAGCUCUGGAGCUGGAAAACAAGCCUCGCAGUCUGGGUUGGUCUGGGCUGUGUGGUCAGACCCGACAUGCUUGCAAGUGUGGGAAAUUCCAGCCGGGACGUUUCUGAGAACUUCACAGUUGCAAUAGUAUUUUGAAGAUUACCAGUCCUUCGCCCUCCUCUCCUUUGCAGUUUACCGCACACAGAUAAUAUCCUCAAGCAUGGGAUGUUCCUAUUUAGCCAACACCGAGUCACUGCAGAAAUGAAAAUGCGUGGAUUUGGGCUGUACAGCCGUGAAACGGCGCAGAACAGAGCGACCUGCGAAACAACGAGCGGAACCUGGCGUCCUCGCACAAGCGGGACCAGAAGGGACCUUGGCAGGUGCUUUGUCUCUGUUUGUAUGCCACGGUUUCUUUGUACUGAUGUCAAUAACAUUUUUGCGAAAGCUUAAAGAUAAAUUUGCGGGGGGAGAUGGAUAAAAGAAUGUGGAGAUGAAUUGUUCUCGCAGUGCUGGAUAAAAGCCCAAACUGGGGGUCGCGGAUGGGACGGGACGUGACAAAACUUGUGUCCGAUGGCACCAAACGGGGAGCGCAGGCUCGGCCAGGCGCCGGACUCCCCGCUCUCACCAGCGCGCUGCGCGGCCCCGGCCCAGCCGGCGAGCGCGGGCGCUGGAGCCCCGCAGAGCGCGGCUCCGGCUCCAGGCUGCACAGGGUGCAAUGUGACUUUGUGAUGCAGGGAGAAGGCAGAGUGCUCUGCGUGCUCUGAGUGCUCGUGCAGAAAGCAAGCAGACUAGGUUGGUUUGAUUAAUAUCUGAAGUAGGUGACUGUCAGAAGCAAGAUUCAUUUUUUAAGCAAAUUAAAGCUGAAGGGCAGACUCGCUACAUCUCCAGAUAUUUGUGUACUUUCAUCUGGCUUUCCAUGCAGCUUUUAUUUCCCCAGACGUAGCCCUUCUGCUUUCUGUCAGAAAGCACAGCUCAGUUCAUUGUGAUGUUUAAAGCCUGAACAUAGCCCCAAAAAAGUACAUAGACAAGACCGCCAAGACCUCAGACUGACAUUCCUCGUAGCACAGCCACUCAGGAAAAAGGAAGGAAAUCCACUUUUCAUCAGUGCUUUGUACAGGGUUUGGAAAGCAAAGGAAAAAGCGGUUGGGACAGGUUGUGUUGGCUGAUUCUGCUCCCAAGGAAGGAGCAGCUUUCAGCCGCUGAACGAAGAGCGCAGGGAACGGGUCAGGAACGCGCUCGGGGCGCGCCGAGCGGCCGCCGGGCGGUUCUCUCCCGCCAGUCCCCGUGCGGGCCGGGAGGCGGGAGGCGGCGGGGGCGGCCGCCGGCCCGGGCAGGACCCAGCUCCACCGGCUGUCCACGUAAAACGCAACCGGAGAGCUUUAUUUCUUGCCACGCAACAAAUGAAGGGGUUGUACAAAUGAGAAACGCUAACUUGGGAAAAGAAAUGCCUUUGUGCUGGAGAGGGCGGUGACCGCAGAGGAGCCUUGAGCGCUUCUGACUGAUUCCUUUAAACCAGUCAGCCUGCCCAGAUGAGGCCGUGUCACACACAAACGGGUGACUGUGGACCAUCAUGGCUUCUGCUAUAGAAUUAAACCUGCAACCCCAGGAAUAUUUCCUACCGAAAGCGUCUGCCGGGGGGCGGGGGUGCACGGCAGGCGCCCAGGCAGGGGCCGCUGGUCCCCAGGGGCGACGCUGCGAGUCUCUCGGGUGCUGAGCGCGGUCACCAAGGUCCUCAGACGGCUCGCGCUUUCUUCAGCUACGUAACUCAUCCAGUGCCAGGGACACGGCGAAGGGCCCAAGAGAAACAGGUAACUGGGAGACAACGGGGGUGACAUUUAGUGUCUUCGCAAUAAGGAGGAAACAGGAUUGAACACGGAAAUCAUCGAGAAGACAAGUCAGUGCCAAGAACAGCGUGUUCAGAUUUAGCUUUCUCAUCUGCCAGCCAAAGACUGAGCAAAAAAUGUUAGCAUGGUCAAAAUGGCAAAAAAAGAUCGUGUGGACAACAAUCCCUUCUUUUAGGAGGAAAAAACAACCCCAAACCUCAUGCUUCAGUGGUUAAAACACUAACCAUUGGAAACUAUGAGAUUGCCCAAUCUAGGGCAGAGAACAUCCGAUAUCUGUUUAAUGUGAGUUUACCAACCAGCCCUGUCAUGAUUCACUUAAUUAAAACCUCCUCCAUUUCCAGA